CGACCCCCGCCCCUCCCGGCUCCUCCCCCGCGCCUGCGCAGUGCGAGGCCGCCGCUUUCCCGCCUGCGGCGGGUGGAGGAUGACAGGAGGCAAGGAGCCGUUUUGCGUGAGGUUCGUCAGGUCUCCCGGCAGCUCGGGGUGCUUUUGGAAAGCUCUCGAGUCUAUAAAAGAAUUUCAGUCAGAAGAACAUCUCCAGAUCCUUGAAGAAGAAACAGCACUCAAUAUAAAAGAAAAUGAUAAAUCCCUUUAUAUUUGUGAUCCUUUUACAGGCGAUGUUUUCAAUCAUCUCAAAAAGCUUGGCUGUAGAAUUGUUGGACCACAGGUUGUCCUGUACUGUAUGCAGACCCAGCGCUGUGUCCCAAGAGCAGAGUAUCCUGUGUACAACAUGACCAUGGCUGACGUAACAAUAUCCUGUACCAGCCUUGAAAAAGAUGUCAGGGAGGAAGUUCAUAAAUAUGUGCAGAUGAUGGGUGGACGUGUGUACAGAGACCUCAACGUGUCAGUAACUCAUCUCAUAGCUGGAGAAGUUGGCAGCAAGAAAUACUUAGUAGCUGCUUCUCUGAAAAAACCUAUUCUGCUUCCCUCUUGGGUUAAGACACUGUGGGAUAAAUCUCAGCAAAGCAUGAUGAGGUAUACCGAUGUUAACAUGGAAGACUACGCUUGUCCUAUAUUUCUUGGCUGUACAAUUUGUGUAACUGGCUUAAGUAGCUCGGACCGAAAAGAAGUCCAGCGCCUCACGGCUGAACACGGUGGACAAUACACGGGACAGCUCAAGAUGAAUGAGUGUACUCACCUCAUAGUUCAAGAGCCAAAAGGUCAGAAGUAUGAAUGUGCCAAAAAAUGGAAUGUGCAUUGUGUGUCCGUGCAGUGGUUUUCUGAGAGUAUUGAGAAAGGCUUCUGUCAGGAUGAGACAAUGUAUAAAAUAGAGGGCAGAUCAAAAUUAAGUAACACACCCAGCACCUCAACGCCUACAAGUCAUGCCAGCAAACCUGAUACUCAUAACUUUUCGGAUGUCAGCCACAUUUCCAAUAUCAAUUUGAGUGGUGUUAAUGAAACUGCUUGUAGUUCUGCUAUGAGCAGCAGACUGGAUCCUCCUCCUGAUGAGCUGGAAAACUUGGACAUAAGUUCUUUUCAAGCCCCUGAAGAUUUAUUAGAUGGCUGUCGAAUCUAUCUAUGUGGCUUCAGUGGCAGGAAGUUGGACAAGAUGAGAAGGCUUAUUAACUGCGGUGGUGGUGUUCGAUUUGAUCAGCUUAAUGAAGAUGUUACCCAUGUCAUUCUGGAGGAAAAUAAUAAUGAACUGAAACACUUCUUGGACAAGACACUUCACAGGCCUCAUGUAGUGACAGCAAAAUGGUUGCUGGAGUCAUUUACUAAAGGUUAUCUGUGUCCAGUGGAGCAAUAUAUCCCUCUCAACUACCAGCCGUUAGAGAAUCCGAUUUUGGAGCAACCUGGCAUGAAGUCAGUUUUUCCCAAAAACAACAGUCUUUUGAAGAAAGAAACUGUGAACGUUACAAAGCACCAGCGAGCUGCAGAAGAUGACUUCUUGUCUCAGUAUCUAAAUAAUGAUUCUACGUUAGUUGAAGCUGAGAAAGUACCGUCUGGUAGCUUUAAUGAUGUUACUCACGUGACUGUUCAAGAAGAGAAUAAUUCUUCUGUCUGCAAUGGUUCUUUGGGAGAGCCUUCCGCACUGGUUGAAGGAGGCUUAUUUGCCAGAAAGAGAUUUCUCCUUCUGGGUUUUGGUGGAGAAGAUGAGUCCUGCAUUGCAGAUAUUAUAAAGGAGAAUGCUGGGAAAAUUGUGCCGCUGCAAAGCAGAACCAUUGCAGACUAUGCUGUGGUGCCUUUAUUGGGAUGUUCUGUGAAGUCAACUGUUGGUGAUGUUGUCACCAAUACGUGGCUGGUAACAUGUGUGGAAGAGCAGCUCCUUUUAGAUCCCCAGUCCAAUCCACUUUUCACACCAGUCCCAGUAAUGGAAGGAGUUACUCCCUUGGUGGACUGUGUUCUUUCUUUUAGCCAGUUCACUGGUGCAGAGAGAGAUACCCUAGCUUAUCUGGCAGGACUGCUAGGAGCAAGAGUCCAGGAAUUCUUUGUGCGAAAAGCCAAUGCAAAAAAGGGGAUGUUUGCCAGUACACAUCUCGUGGUGAAAGAGCCAAAUGGUUCCAAGUACGAGGCUGCAAAGAAAUGGAAUUUGCCUGCAGUCACCGUAGCUUGGCUUCUGCAGUCUGCAAGGACAGGAAAGAGAGCAGAUGAGAACAAGUUCUUGGUUGAAAAUGCAGAGGCUGAAGAUAAAGAGAGUUCUGUUACUCAGUGUAACGACAAGACACCAGCAACUAUUAAAUCUCCUGAUUCUCCAGAACGACCUACUUACCUGCUUGAAGCUGGAAAAAAAGCACCUGUGACCCCUCUUGAUAUCAACAGGUUCCAGAGUAAAGCUUUCCAGGCUGUGAUCUCUCAUCACAUUGGGAAGACCACAAGCCCUCAUGCACAAGGGGGACUGCCACAAAAAGAACCGUCUUUACACCUUGACACGCCUUCAAAGUUUCUUUCCAAAGACAAGUUAUUCAAGCCUUCCUUUGAUGUAAAGGAUGCUCUGGCAGCUUUGGAAACUCCAGGAGGUCUUGGUCAAAAACACAGGAAGCUGAGCACACCUCUCUCUGAAGUCAUUGGCAGGAACUUGAAAUUGGCAUUGGCAAACAGCACACGGAAUACAGAAGCUUUUACUGCCAGCCCGCAGUUGAAGGCUGCACAGCCAGAAGCGGAAGAAGAGCCCAAGCCCCUAGCUGAUGUUGUUAUCUGUGUUAGUAAAAAGCUUAGUAAGAAGCAAAGUGAACUGAAUGCGGUAGCAGCUUCUCUUGGCGCAGAGUACAGAUGGUGUUUUGAUGAAUCAGUAACACACUUCAUCUACAAGGGAGGGCAAAAUGACAACAACAAGGAGUAUAGAUCCGUUAAAGAACGGGGGAUACAUAUUGUUUCGGAACACUGGCUUUUAGAGAGUGCCCAAGAAUAUAAACGGCUUCCUGAAUCUCUCUUUCCUCACACCUACAAUCCCAAAAUGAGUCUGGAUAUCAGUGCAGUGCAGGAUGUCAGGCUUUCCUCUUCGGGUAAGCUUCCAUCAACCGGAAAACCAGCAGAAGAAAAUGAGAUUCAUCCAGUGGAUGAAGAUGAUGCUGAGGAUGAUGUCACUACUGACCAAAUAAAGGAAAAAGUCUGUACAGGAGAAGAACAAAUAGUAACAAGUGAAUCCAAAGGAGUUUUGACCCAAGCACUAGAAAUGAGGGAGAACUUCCAGAAGCAGCUGCAGGAGAUCAUGUCUGCCACAUCAAUAGUGAAACCACAAGGACAAAGAGGAUCCCUUUCGAGGAGCAGUUAUGAUGGUUCUCCAACUACUCCUGAUAGCACGCGGCCUAUGCGAAAUGGCCGCAGUAGGGUUUUGGAAGCUCUAAGGCAAUCUCGUCAAGCCCUUACAGAUAUAAACACAGAGCCUUCCCAGAGCGAGCAGAUCAUCUGGGAUGAUCCUACUGCAAGGGAGGAGAGAGCGAGACUUGUCAGCAACUUUCAGUGGCCCAACAGUCCUUCCCAGUAUCCGGAGCAAGUUCAGAGUAACGUCAAUAAGAACAUGGAUGAGUCUGUCUUCAAAGGAUCCAUCGGUGAUUCAGAGAUUGCUGGUAUAGCUGUUCCUGAGGCUGAGGAUGGAGAUUUGACGGAGGGUCUAAAGAAUCCUGUACAUAGAGAUCCUGAAACACCCGUUAAAGAUAAUGUGAUCCCCACUCCGCAGGCUCCCAGCAUUGCUUUCCCCCUGGCUAACCCUGCUGUGGCACCACAGCCCAAAGAAAAGGCCGUCACAGAAGAUGAGAAGGAUGAUGAAGAACCAGAAAAACACCGUAAAUUUCAGCUGUCUUCUCUUAAUCCUCAAGAAAGAUUUGAUUACUGCCAUCUGAUUGAGGAAUUAGGUGGAAUAGUACUUGAGAAGCAGUGCUUUGAUCCAAGCUGCACACACAUCAUUGUGGGCCAUCCUCUUCGAAAUGAAAAAUUCCUGGCCUCGAUGGCAGCUGGGAAGUGGGUGCUUCAUCGUUCCUACCUGGAGGCAUGUCGAGCAGCUGGCUGCUUUGUUCAGGAAGAAGAUUAUGAGUGGGGAAAUAAUUCCAUACUUAAUGCUUUGUCUGGAAUCAAUGUAAACCAGAAGAAACUAGCACUCGCAGCCAUGAGGUGGAGGAAAAAAAUUCAUAAAGGAAGGCAAGAAACUGGUACUGCUGAGGGAGCCUUCAGUGGCUGGAAAGUGAUCCUGAAUGUUGAUCAGACCAAGGAAGCAGGAUUCCGACGCCUUCUUCAGUCAGGAGGAGCAAAAGUGUUUUCUGGUCAUUCUGCAUCUUUCUUCAAAGAAGCGACUCACCUCUUUGCUGACUUCAGUAAGCUGAAGCCAGACGACUCCCGGGUGAACGUAGCUGAGGCAGCAGCCCAGGGAGUGAACUGCUUGAAGCCAGAGUACAUCGCUGACUACCUCAUCCAGGAGCCACCUCCCCCGAUGGAGUCUUACUGCCUGCCAGAAGCUGAAUCUUAUUUUCAGAACAACAACGAACUUGGGACUGGAUUAUCCCAGAAAAGAAAAGCACCAGGGGAAAUGAGCAGAGUCAAGCGAUCCAGGAUACGCUGAGAAAAUUCAGUGUUUUUAACUUGUACAUUUUAUAUUCAUAUUUAUAUUUUUUCAUUCUUACCAUGAAAAUUAAAAGCUUUGAGUACCACUUCUAA